AUGUCCACCGCAACAUCAACUAUCGUUGGAGCCUUAGCAUGUCAGAAAAACUCGUUUCUCAAAACCCUAAACACCAAAGUCGUCUCCAGCUACGAAUUUAUUCCGCCAUCAACGUCAAAAGAGAAACAAAACAAGAACAAUAAUGCAGCCAAAGAAUUAAAAUAUGGCGUUGAGUUUGAAGAUACCGUUUUAUUCCCCGAGGGCGGUGGCCAACCAUUUGAUAAAGGUACCGUAACGGUUUUGAACAACGGUACAUCAUCUUCUGAAUCCAAGACUGUGGAGGUGAAUGCCAUACUUCGUGACAAGCUAAAGGCAGUUCAUAUUGUUGAUGAGCCAAUAGAACCAGGCACUCAAGUUAAGCUUGAAGUUGAUUGGAAUCGGAGAUUAGAUAUAAUGCAACAGCAUACUGGACAACAUUUACUUUCUGCCGUAUUUGACACUUUGCAACUUGAUACCUUAUCCUGGUCCAUGGGCGAUGUGAUCAAUUACAUCGAGUUGCCAGAGAAAGUAUCCAAUGAAACGGCUGAGCAAGUGCAACAGCGGGUGAAUCAACUUAUAUUUGAAUCACAUCCAAUCCAUGUUGUCACCCGUGAUGAUCAUGGAGUUGAAAUUGACACGAGUCAUUUGCCAGAUGAUUAUGAUCAAAGUAAAGGUGUUGUACGUAUAGUUAAAAUUGGAGACGAUAUUGAUUCCAAUCCAUGUUGCGGUACACACUUGUCCAAUACUGCUCAGAUUGGAUCUAUUGUGUUGUUGAAUCAAACUUCAAUACGUGGUGGUCAUUCUCGGUUGUACUUCACUUGUGGAUCACGAGUUGCCAAAAUUGCUUCUGAAUAUUUCGACAUAUUGAAAACCGUUUCAGGAACUCAAUUAUCGUGUCAGAUUGAUGACGUCGUUACAAAAGUUGAUCAGUUGAGCACGAAUUACAGAAAGGCAAAUUCCACUAUUUCUAAUCUAACCAAAGAAUUGGCAAAUUUGAAAGCUACUGAAAUUUUCAACAAGUUGAAAACGACCGAACAUGGUGUAGCUUAUGUGUAUCGAGAAGAAAGCAAUCCAGAUUACUUGACAACGGUUCAAAAGGAACUUGCAACAAUCAUCAAUGCAGAUAAAGAAAGUGGGGUUGAUAUCACCAACAAACACACACUCGUCUUAAUCAAUGGUAAUCAAACAUCAAAUGGAGGUAUGGUGAAAAUAUCAGGGCCCAAAACUAACGAAGUUGCCGCAGAAUUGAAGCAAAAGAUCACCAACUUGAAAGGUGGUGGUAAGGGCCUAUUUCAAGGCAAAAUUACCAAAUAUGAAAAGGGUGAAAUCGAAUCGGUAUUGUCCUACUUGGACUCAUUAUAG